AUGACGGAGGAAAGGAUUAGCGCGAGCCCGAAAGACGAAAUAUCUGGUUUCUCUGUGACCAUCGAAUCUACUUUUAUCGCCUUUGCUCGUUCUACUGUCAUUACGGCAAUUUGUGGUACACGCAAUCUAGCAAGUUCUACAGGCUAUUGCGCUCCGAUUCGCGAGGGAAAGCUUGUCAUCAAGGACGAAACCUUUUGGUUCCUUCCCUUCGUAUGCGUCGCGCACUCACCACGCAUCACAGUUUCAGAGGCAUACAUGAAUGAUGAAGUAAACUCUCCUUCUAUGAAAGACGUGUUGAAUAUCUAUAUCGACAAUUUCCCCCAUAUGAGCGGGGUAUGGACUUUAACUUACAAGGUCAAGUCUAUCCUAGACCGCAUAGUCAUACAUCGCUUCUUGUACCAUGGUUUGAGUCAAUCAAUUCUCAAUGUUGCAGGAUAUGAUGCUGCAAACGACUUGUACAAGGCUUUUCUCAGUCAAGAGAUGCAAUAUUCUUGCCCCAUCUGGAGUGACAAAGAAGGUGGCGUCCGGGGUGAUCUGGCUGGACAAAGAUCUCUUGGUGACCUUGAGCGCGCUCAGGAACAUAAGAUUGGAUAUAUACUGAGCAAAGCUUCUGCCCGGGCACCGGCUGUUGGAGAUAGGGAGUGGGUGGGGAAGUCUCGCUAUCGCGAUAGCAAAAGGCUCUGGCGGAGGAACGAGUCAAGAAAGCGGGAUUUAGUCCCAAAUUCGCAUUCAUUUAAUGGAUUACAAAAGCAUGCCUCCGAGAAGGCCUUUGACGCCUGUAUUGCCCUGGAGAUGGUCGAGGCUGUGGGAAUACGAUACAUGCCAACCUUUAUCAGAACCAUUGAUUGGGCACUGAAAGAUGGCAUCGUCGCUAUCGUUCUUUCUGCAACAUGUUACCCAGACUCUAUGUUUAGCCCAUACAAGUACGGAAGUUCUUUCUGCGCUACUUGGCUUGCACAGCAAUUCCAGACAGCUGUUCGCGAACGCCUAUCUCUGGAAAGCGUUGAAGAUUAUGGCUCGCGCGAGUCUUGGACAGCCCGUGCAACUGACUUCCAUCUCAAUAUUCAUGGCAAAUUAUUGUUGAUGUUUGCGUGGAUGGGCGAGAUUGGAUCCGUGCGCCUCGAAGAAAAUUGGACGCAGAGCUUAUAUCGUCUCUACAAGAGCGGUAACAAAAUUUUUAGAUACACACGCGUUGAAUGCCUACGAGCAAAGAUGGCUCUACAUGUUUACAUGGAAGUAAUCUACUCGCGUGUCUGA